AUGAGACUUCCGACUCUCGCUGCGAUUUCCCUCGCCGCCUGCUCCGCGAAUGCUGCUCCCUACGCUCCGCACCGUUCCCAGCGCACAGUCAAGCGCGCUGGCGUCGGAGAUGGAACGAGCGUCAUGUCCUUCUUCGGUCAGAGCACCGAGCCUGCAACACUCUCCGAGGUUUGCGAAAAUGACAACUUCGACAUUAUCAUCCUCGCAUUCAUCACCAGUUUGAACCCGCCCAAGCUUAACAUGGGCAAAGACACCGGAAGCCCGAGCGAAGCCCAGGAGAAGUUGAAGGAGAAGGGCUUUGAGCUCUUCGAUGGUACCGUGGCCCCUGAGGGAGGCAAGAGUAUCGCCGAUCAGAUUUCUGGUUGUCAGAAGAACAAAAAGGUCAUGAUCUCCUUUGGCGGUGACGAGAGAUACUCGAACGCCACCUUUGCUAGCGAGGAUGAAGCCAAGCAGGCUGCUGAUCAAGUCUGGAACCUCUAUCUCGGCGGCACGGAUUCAGACGACAUAAGGCCUUUCGGCAGCAAGGUCAGGCUCGACGGGCUGGAUCUAGACAACGAGUCAGGCAACGGCUCGUUCUACAAGGAAUUUGUCACCGAGCUCAGGAGCAAGAUGGACUCUGAUUCCACAAAGGACUACUUCAUGAGCGCGGAGCCCAUGUGCGCCUUCUUCGACGAUGCCGAAUCCUCCAUCCCUGACAGCGUGCUGCCCAUGCUGGACUUUGUCAACGUCCAGUUCUACAACAACGAGGCCCAAGGCAUCGGCGGCAGCGAUUUUGACAGUACGAUCAAGGCCUGGGCCAAGAAGUUCGCAGCUGCCAGCCCCAGCCCGAAGUUGUUCCUUGGCGUCCCCGGUGGUGAGGGUGCGGCCAGCACCAACAUCCAGUCUGCUGAUGAGAUCAAGAAGACCAUCAAUUCGGUAAAGAACAUGAACCUCACCGGAUUUGGCGGUGUUGGUAUCUGGGAUGCUGGAUUCGCCAUGGCUGAUGAGGCCUUCCCCGAGGCUGUCAAGAGCUCCCUCGGAUAA